UGGUCCUUCUUGGUCACAGCAUUGAGUCGCCUGUAGUCAAUGCACAUCCUCCACCCGGUGGUAAUGCGGGUGGGAACCAUCUCCUUUCUCUCAUUCUCAAUCACCGUAAUGCCUCCCUUCUUGGGCACCACAUGAAUGGGACUCACCCACUCGCUGGUGGUGAUGUAGCGCGACACGUUCCAGACAGAGAAUUCAAAUUUGUGUUCUGGGCGUUUGGUCCCGCGAUUCGACCCUUCGAAAUGUGCCCGCCGGUUAUUAGCGUCGAUGGCACACAUUUACGUGGACAUUACAAAGGAAAAUUGCUCGUGGUCGUAGCACAGACUGUGAAUAAGCGGUUAUUGCCAAUCGCGUAUGCGCUUGUCGAUGAAGAAAGCAAGGACAGUUGGUCAUUUUUCCUUAGGAAUAUACGACGAUAUGUUGUAUUCGAUAAACAGAUAUGCGUUCUUUCUGACAGGGAUGUGGGUCUACGUAGUGCGAUUGAAUCAUUACCGGAUUGGCAAGAACCCGCUGCGUAUCACCGGAUUUGCCUUCGACACCUUCGAAGCAACGUGGUGACUCGAUUCAGGAGUAAGAAAAUCCGGAAUUGGUGUUGGGAGUUGGGUUCGCAGUUGUCGAAGCAAAAGUUUCGACAGACAAAACAGCGACUUCAAGAAUUUAGUCCCAACGCAUACAAUUAUCUCUUCAAAAUUCCUUUGAACCAGUGGACCCUGUAUCGAGAUGAAAAACGUAGAUGGGGCAUCUUGACAACGAAUAUGUCGGAGAGUUACAACAAUGUCCUGAAAGGGGUUAGGUUCCUACCGUGCAGAGCUUUGGUAGAGGCCACAUUUCAAAAAACUCUGGAUUUGUUUCGACAAGAACAAAACAAGUCCAGCAGAUGCAGGAGUCCCAUUGCUAGGGAGCACUAUGUCGCAUUUUUGCAGUUGGAGCAAACAGCCGUAACUCACGGGAUCGCUUUGGGAAAUGGGAAGGUAGCUUCGGGGAUGCUUGACCUCGGAGCCGGAAUAAAUCUCAUGCCCUUCUCAAUUUUUCAGAGGCUUGGCCUUGGGGAGUUGAGGCCAACUCGCAUGUGCCUCCAAUUAGCAGACCGUUCCAUCAGGUACCCAAAUGGGAUAGUCGAGGAUGUUCUCGUGAAGGUGGGUAAGCUUAUCAUUCCAGUGGAUUUCGUCGUUUUAGACGUUGGGGAUGUACACGAGAAAGGGAAGGAUCACACCAUCCUUCUCGGGAGACCUUUUAUGGCUACGACCAAUACUCUCAUCGAUGUGAAGAACGGGAUCCUGAAUAUGACGGUUUUAGGGGAAUCGGUGUCUAUUUCUGUCCGAGAGGCCAUGUCUUCACUUCGUGAAGAAGAGGAGGAGCUGAUAUCCAUGCUCAGAAAGAACCAGAAGGCAAUCGGGUGGAGUCUAGGAGACAUCAAGGGGAUUAGUCCCUCUACUUGUAUGCACCGAAUUAUCUUGGAGGAUGGAGCCAAGCCUUUUCGGGAUAGCCAGCGACGGCUAAACCCGAAUAUGAUGGAGGUAGUGAAUAAAGAGGUGCUUAAGUUAUUUUCUGAGGGAUUGAUCUACCCGGUGGCUAGUAGUGAGUGGGUCAGUCCUAUUCAUGUGGUGCCGAAGAAGGGAGGUAUAACCGUGAUCGAGAACGACAAGAAGGAGUUGGUCCCCACCCGCAUCACUACCGGGUGGCGCAUGUGCAUUGACUAUAGGCGACUAAACGCCGUGACCAAGAAGGACCACUUCCCGUUGCCGUUCAUUGACCAGAUCCUAGAUCGUCUAUCGGGCCACCAGUUCUACUGCUUUUUGGAUGGGCUCUCCGGCUACUACCAAGUGGCCAUAGCACCCGAGGAUCAGCCCAAGACGACAUUCACAUGCCCCUUUGGUACUUUUGCGUUCAGACGGAUGCCCUUUGGCCUUUGCAAUGCACCGGGUACGUUUCAGAGGUGCAUGUUCUCCAUCUUCUCGGAUAUGCUUGAGGACUGCUUGCAGGUAUUCAUGGACGACUUCUCUAUAUUUGGUGAUUCAUUUUCUCAUUGCCUUCGUAAUUUGUCUAGAGUCCUUGAACGUUGCAUUGAGUCCAAUUUGACUUUAAGCUGGGAAAAGAGUCAUUUUAUGGUGAGAAGUGGAGUUGUCUUAGGUCAUGUUGUUUCUUGUAGUGGGAUAGAGGUCGACAAGGCCAAGGUAGAUGUUAUUGAAAAACUUUCCACUCCUGUGAAUGUUAAGGGGAUUAGGAGUUUCUUGGGGCAUGCGGGGUUCUAUAGGGGUUUCAUUAAAGAUUUUUCUAAAAUUAGUCAGCUUCUAUAUCAUUUGUUUGCUCAGGACGUGCCAUAUGUGUUUGAUGAUGCCUGUUUGUGUGCUUUUAAUGAAUUAAAGAGCAAGCUUGUGAGUGCCCCUAUUGUGAUUGCCCAUGACUGGUCUAUUCCUUUUAAAAUCAUGUGUGAUGCGUCUAAUCUUGCAGUGGGCGCCGUUUUGGGUCAGCGAGUUGAUAAGUUGCUUCGAGUGAUUUAUUAUGCUAGCUUGACUCUUAAUGGGGCCCAGCAGAAUUACACUACCACCGAGAAGGAACUUCUAGCCGUGGUCUUUUCUCUUGAAAAAUUUCGAUCAUAUAUUUUGGGUUCUAAGGUGAUUAUUUACUCUGACCAUGCGGCUUUGAAGUACCUUUUGAGCAAAACUCAUUCUAAACCACGGCUCUUCCGGUGGAUCUUGUUACUGCAAGAAUUUGAUGUUGAUAUAAAAGAUAGGAAAGGUUUUGAAAACGUAGUUGCUGAUCACUUGUCACGCAUUUUACCAUCUGAGUCAUCAUCUUCAUUGAUUGUGCAUCAUUCUAUUAAUGAUAAUUUUCCUUAUGAACAUGCGCAUGAAGUGUCGAAAAGUGUUUGGUAUGCUGACAUUGUGAACUAUUUGUGUUGCGGUAAAUUACGGCCUAAUCUCUCUUCCCAAGAGAGAAAGCGUUUUAUUGCUGUGUGUAGGGGCUACUUCUGGGACGAGCCAUUUAUUUUCAAGAUGGGGAAGGAUGAGGUGCUUCGAAGAU